AUGAGCGAUCGUUAUUACAAUCGCUUCCUCGGUAGCCCCAAUGCCGCUGCCGCGGCUCCUUCAGAGGACAACGAAGAUGACAUCAGACAACACGCUGAGCAAUAUGCAAGAAGUGGCCUUGACGUGAGAGGUCCUUCUAUGUCUACCGACGCAGUCGAUCGUCUCUGUUUUCUCGAAGACAUGGCUGACGAUGAGCUUCUCAGUGCUGUUGUUGAUCGCCCUUUACUCAUGAAAAAAAUAAUGAUGUUGAUGCCCGAUCAAGAUGUACUUCAGGAUGUCAAAGACAAACCCUUUCUCCAUCGCCAGAUUAUCAAAGCGUCUCACCCACGUCUUUUGCUUAAGUUUUUCCUCGAAGCCGUACACGCAAAGGUGUUUUCACUCCCACAGAUACAAAGCAUCCAAAAGGAUCUCUACAAAGCCUCGCGCAGCGGUUAG